GCCCCCUCAGGCGGGGUAGUCUGGCUGCCUAGCAGUUUGUAGGUCGGCCGAAGCAAGUGCGGGGACUGGAGUCGAGCACGCACGUGUCCCGGGAGCGCUGUCGUGAUCGCCGGAGGACGCCUGUCUGCGGAGAGAGCUCCUCCGGGCGCGCGGGGCGGCACAGGGCGUGGGCGCCCCCCCACCCGCGUGGGCGCCCCGCCGCACGCACAUGGCCCGGCGGUAGGCGCGCGGUGCGGCCUGGGAGAGUCGGAAGCGAGGCGAGGCCGGGCGAGGCGGCAGCGGCGGGCCAUGCAGGACGCGGAGAACGUGGCGGGGCCCGAGGCGGCCGAGCAGCGGGUCGAGCCCGGGCAGCAGAAGCCGGCCGCCGAGCCGCCCCCAGGGGAGGGGCCGGCACGGCCCGCGGGGCCAGGCGCGCAGGAGGCGGCGGGCGGCGAGGACGCGGUGGCGGAGGUGGAGGCCGGCUCGGGGCCUGACGUGCCGGCUGAGCCCGCGGCGGACGGGGAGGAGAGGGCCGGCGGGUCCCCGCUGCCGCCCGAGGAGGCCCCGGCCGCAGGCGAGGCCCCCGCGGAGCAGGCGCGGGACUCAGCGGCCGAGGCCGGGUCCGAGGGGGCGGGUGGGGAGCCGGACGGCGCGGCGGAUGACGGCGGCGCGGAGGAGCCCUCCUUCAGCGACCCCGAGAACUUCGUGGACGACGUGAGCGAGGAAGAAUUACUGGGCGAUAUACUCAAAGACCGGCCCCAGGAGGCAGAUGGAAUCGACUCGGUGAUUGUGGUCGACAACGUUCCUCAGGUGGGACCUGACCGUCUGGAGAAACUCAAAAACGUCAUCCAUAAGAUCUUUUCCAAGUUUGGGAAAAUCACAAAUGAUUUUUACCCAGAGGAGGACGGAAGGACGAAAGGGUAUAUUUUCCUGGAAUACGCGUCUCCUGCCCACGCUUUGGACGCUGUGAAGAAUGCGGACGGCUACAAGCUGGACAAGCAGCACACGUUCAGAGUCAACCUCUUCACCGAUUUUGACAAGUACAUGACGAUCAGUGACGAGUGGGAUAUUCCAGAGAAACAGCCAUUCAAAGACCUGGGAAACCUCCGCUACUGGCUUGAAGAGGCCGAGUGCCGGGAUCAGUACAGCGUGAUUUUUGAGAGUGGGGACCGCACCUCCAUAUUCUGGAAUGACGUGAAGGACCCUGUCUCCAUUGAGGAGAGAGCGAGAUGGACAGAGACGUACGUGCGUUGGUCUCCUAAGGGCACCUACCUGGCAACCUUUCAUCAGCGAGGCAUUGCUCUCUGGGGUGGAGAGAAAUUCAAACAGAUUCAGAGAUUCAGCCACCAAGGGGUUCAGCUUAUUGACUUCUCACCUUGUGAAAGAUACCUGGUGACCUUUAGCCCCCUGAUGGACACUCAGGACGACCCUCAGGCCAUCAUCGUCUGGGACAUCCUUACCGGGCAGAAAAAGAGGGGUUUUCACUGUGAAAGCUCCGCCCACUGGCCUAUCUUCAAGUGGAGCCACGAUGGUAAAUUCUUUGCCAGGAUGACUCUUGACACUCUCAGUAUCUAUGAAACCCCUUCUAUGGGUCUUUUGGACAAGAAGAGCCUGAAGAUCUCUGGCAUAAAAGACUUUUCCUGGUCUCCUGGGGGUAACAUAAUAGCGUUCUGGGUGCCUGAAGAUAAGGAUAUACCAGCCAGGGUGACGCUGAUGCAGCUUCCUACCAGACAGGAGAUCAGAGUCAGGAACCUCUUCAACGUGGUGGAUUGCAAGCUACAUUGGCAGAAAAAUGGAGACUACCUGUGUGUUAAAGUCGACAGGACACCAAAAGGCACCCAGGGUGUUGUCACAAAUUUUGAAAUUUUCCGAAUGAGGGAAAAACAGGUGCCCGUCGACGUGGUCGAAAUGAAAGAAACCAUCAUAGCCUUCGCCUGGGAGCCGAAUGGCAGCAAGUUCGCGGUGCUGCACGGGGAGGCCCCCCGGAUAUCGGCGUCCUUCUACCACGUCAAGAGCAACGGGAAGAUUGAGCUCACCAAGAUGUUCGACAAGCAGCAGGCCAACACCAUCUUCUGGAGCCCCCAGGGACAGUUCGUGGUGUUGGCUGGCCUGAGGAGCAUGAACGGUGCCUUGGCGUUUGUUGACACGUCGGACUGCACGGUCAUGAACAUCGCAGAGCACUACAUGGCUUCCGACGUGGAGUGGGAUCCCACCGGGCGUUACGUCGUCACCUCUGUGUCCUGGUGGAGCCACAAGGUGGACAAUGCCUACUGGCUGUGGACCUUCCAGGGCCGCCUUCUGCAGAAGAACAGCAAGGACCGCUUCUGCCAGCUGCUCUGGAGGCCACGGCCCCCCUCCCUCCUGAGCCAGGACCAGAUCAAGCAAAUUAAAAAGGAUCUGAAGAAAUACUCCAAGAUCUUUGAACAGAAGGAUCGUUUGAGCCAAUCCAAAGCCUCAAAGGAAUUAGUGGAGAGACGACGGACCAUGAUGGAAGAUUUCCGAAAAUACCGGAAGAUGGCUCAGGAGCUCUACAUGGAGCAGAGAAACGAACGCCUGGAGUUGCGAGGGGGUGUGGACACUGACGAGCUAGACAGCAACGUGGACGACUGGGAGGAGGAGACCAUAGAGUUUUUUGUCACUGAGGAAAUUAUUCCCCUUGGAAAUCAGGAGUGAUCCAGCAACACUGUGGUGAGACUUCAGUGCCCCGUGUCUGUGCUGGAACCGCGGCCAUCCUUCUGCGGAAAGCCUGCACGUUCCGGAGCUCCUGCCUGUGCUCUCGCGCGCGGGGCCGAGGCCGCCCCGGAGCUCGCCGCCCCCACACGUCGCCGUGCCUUUCAGCCCCUGCUGUCCACGGGGCCCAGGGGCACUGCUCUCGGUUUCCUCUUGUUUGGGUUUUAAUCGCACCGCAGACUGUGCCCUGCCUCCUGCGGUCAGCGGUCCUGCCGAGACGCGGUGUCCCUUCCGGGCCCCUGGACGCCAGCAGGGAGGCCUGCAGUGCUGCGGCCCCACGCACUCGGGGCAUCGGGGCGCCACGGCACGUCCCCCGCCAUUCAGGUUGUGACAGAUUCUCUCAACGGGCUAAACGUGGAAAUAAAGGCAAACUUGUAUGAAAAA